AUGGCGGUGGAAGAGUACACAGACAAACUGCAACAUUAUACCAGUGGUCACAUGUCACCAGGAAUGAAGAUCUACAUCGACCCCUUCACGUAUGAGGACCCUAAUGAAGCAGUCAGAGAGUUUGCAAAGGAGAUUGACAUGUCUUUUGUCAAGAUAGAACAGAUUAUUGGUGCAGGUGAGUUUGGGGAGGUGUGCAGUGGAAACCUCCGGCAACCCGGGAAGAGGGAGAUCCUGGUGGCUAUUAAGGCACUGAAGGCAGGCUACACUGAUCGCCAGAGGCGGGACUUCCUGAGCGAGGCCUCCAUCAUGGGCCAGUUCGACCACCCAAACAUCAUCCAUCUGGAGGGGGUGGUGACCAAGAGCAGCCCUGUGAUGAUCAUCACCGAGUUCAUGGAGAACGGAUCCCUGGACUCCUUCCUCAGGCAAAAUGAUGGGCAGUUCACAGUGAUCCAGCUAGUGGGGAUGCUGCGCGGCAUAGCAGCAGGAAUGAAGUACCUGUGUGACAUGAACUACGUCCAUCGGGACCUGGCAGCGAGGAACAUCCUGGUGAACAGCAACCUGGUGUGCAAAGUGUCUGACUUCGGCCUUUCCCGCUUCCUUGAGGACGACGCGUCAGACCCGACCUACACCAGCGCUCUGGGAGGGAAGAUUCCCAUCCGGUGGACGGCUCCAGAGGCCAUUCAGUACAGGAAGUUCACCUCCUCCAGUGACUGCUGGAGCUACGGCAUAGUCAUGUGGGAGGUGAUGUCAUAUGGAGAGAGGCCCUACUGGGACAUGAGCAAUCAAGAUGUUAUCAAUGCCAUCGAGCAGGACUACAGGUUGCCGCCCCCUAUGGAUUGUCCUAGUGCACUGCAUCAGCUGAUGCUGGAUUGCUGGCAGAAAGAACGCAACAACCGACCCAAAUUCAGCCAGAUCGUCAGCACCCUGGACAAGAUGAUCCGCAACCCCAACAGCCUCAAGGCCACGACUCCACUGUCAUCCAGUGUUCACUUACCUCUGCUUGAUCGCAGCGCUCCAGACUUCUCCUCUUUCAGCACAGUGGAUGAGUGGCUGGACGCCAUCAAGAUGGGCCAGUACAAGGAGAACUUUACAAACGAAGGCUUCGCCAGCUUUGAUGUGGUGUCUCAAAUGACCAUGGAGGACAUCAUCAGAUUGGGAGUGACAUUGUCCGGCCACCAGAAGAAGAUCCUCAACAGCAUCCAGUCCAUGAGGGCCCAGAUGAACCAGAUCACUUCAGUGGAGGUGUGA